AUGAAGCGCCUGGUUGAUUCGACGAAAUAUUUGUUGUUCGACAAAUCGGCCAUCAGUAUUGUGAGUGGUCUUCUGUUCCUUGUCGAAAUCGCUCUCGGACUAUAUGUCAUACACAAUGUCGCCUGUUUGUUUUUCGCAUUUACCGACUCAUGAUCCAACCCAUCUAGAUACGGAGAUUGACUGGGUGGCUUAUAUGCAACAGGUACAGAUAUUUCUCAAUGGCACUCUCGACUAUGACAAGUUGAUUGGCCAGACGGGCCCCUGUGUGUAAGCAAUUCUUCUAUCCCAUUAAUGUCGGUUCGGGCUUUUAGAUACCCGGCAGGCCAUGUGUACGUCUAUACCAUGCUUUAUUAUGUGUCUGGGGGCGGCACGAAUAUUCACACCGUCCAGCUGGUGUUUCUGGGACUCUACUUACUCUCCAUUGGACUCAUAUUCAAUAUUUACCGAUCCGUUUUAAAGGUGCUCUCCUUGUUUAGUUUCUUCAUGUGUGUGUGUGCCUUUAGGUCCCGCCUUUUGUUCUGUUCUUCAUGUGUCUGGCCUCUUACCGGGUACACUCAAUCUAUCUUUUACGGCUGUUCAACGACCCUGUGGCAAUGUUCUUCUUCUAUGCUUCGAUCAAUUUUUGUUUAUACUCUCGAUUUUCGCUGGCAUCCAUAUUUUUCAGGUCAGCGCUCUUGCCAUCUAAUGCUGUCUCUGCUAUCAUCUGUGACGUUUUUAAGAAGCGACUACGUCUCACUGUAAUUCGUGAGGUGCAUUUGAAGAUUUUCGUUAGCACAUAUACAGCUUGAUGCGGUUGCGCUAGCUUCCCAUUGGAUACUUUUCUGUUGCUGAGUAUUGUACCUACUUGCAUUCUUGGCACGCGUUGACCAAUGGUUUUUAAAUGGCCAUUACGUGAGAUCUUAGAGCCCCUAAAACAUUUUUUGAACCUUAUGACAGCGGUUCAAGAGCAAAAAUAAUGAAACCCUAAGACACCCGAGUACAUCUCUAUUCAGGCACACGUUUGUUAAUCUUUUUAGGGUUAAAAUUAUUCCAAACUCAUUAAUAGUGGUUUCUGAAGCACUUGGCAUUCACCCCCCCCCCCCCUAAUUUUUGCCAUAUAAGGCUUUUGGUUGGUUUGCGUCUGGGGCUAGGGCUGGUCUGCAUUGUCGGCUCAUGUCGUCGAAGCUAUUUGUCUGUGAUUUGGCUUCGAGUAGAGGCUGAACAAGGCGAUUUUCCCCAAAUGCACAUUUUUUGUCGACAAAUUCUCCAAAGUAUGGUUACCCGACUGUCACAGUAACUAAAAGCACGCACUACCUACAGUAGAUGUAUUAUCUCAUGAAAUGAUGACCAAAAUUCUGAAAUGUCUUCUUAGUCGAAAGGAUUUCUUAAGUAGGGUUGUCGUGCAGUAUAAUCCCAAGAUAUUUCAGCUACACCAACUUUUGGACGAGCUUCUCUCCGGACGCCUGCAAAAACUGCACUCUGUUGAAAAAUAGCUACUUAAGUAGUGCGCUUUUGUCCAUGGGAUUUCGAUACUCAUUUGCUGACAAACUAUAUCCUGCUCAAAUUCCAUACUUGAGGAAAAAGUAUCUUUCGGUCCCGAGAAGUUUCUAAUUAUGCGAUUUUUAAGACUGCCUAACGUCUAUUCAUGCGGCAUUACACAGCAUGUCUGUUAAUGCUGCUUAUAAAGUAUGCAACACGGUUCACAUCUAUUACAAAAUUAUAUGGGCCGAAUAUGACAUCUUAGUAGUGUAUAGAAAUGUGUGAUUAUGCCGACACGGAAAAUACAGUUUGUAAUUUGGAAACUCUGAGCGCAAAUGUAACGACUGAACGAGUUCAACAUCAUUGGGGGAAUUGAAAGUUCUCUUAAAAAGCCGAAGAUACUCCUUCUUCAGGUAUAAAAUUCAACGAAGACGUAGUUUGCCACCAAAUUAGUCCAAGAAGGUAUAUUUUUGUGCUCUUUCCAUAGAAUGUAUUUGGACUUGCAGGGGCGUCGAACACCGAUGGAAGAAGUCGUACUACUUAAGUAGCCAUUUCCACAGAAUGAAGCUUUUGCAGCCUGCUGGAAAGAAGCUUGUUAAAAAGCCGGCACCCUAACAUGACUGGAUUAUCCUGAGAUUAUACUGCAUGACAACCCUGCUUCUCGAAUCGACAGCACAUUUCAGCAUUUCGGUUAACAUUUCAUGAGAUAGCACAGUUACUGUAAGUGUCGCUUUCUGUGGACGGCCUGUGCAUAGACGUUUCGGCAUACCGACGUAAAACCACGGUUAUCGAGCAUGGAAUAUCAUAAGCCUCUGUUUCUUAAAAUUGGCAUUGCAACUACGACCGUAUUUGCCACAAUUGGGGUUAAAAAUCGAGCGUGACCUAAUGCGUGGCAGAUCCUAUUGGCAUACGUUUUAGGAAAUGCUUUGUCUUAAGUGGAUAACUUGGCAUGAUCCCUGAUUUUAGUAGGUGUCGAUUGCCUUUGCUGCAGACAAUGGAAUCACAAAACUCACAUCGCCAAAAAGCCAACACCCUGACUUUAGCGAAUAUAAGUUAUUUUCACAACCAGUGAACAGCUAUCAGUAGUCCAGACGUUUAGCCCGCUUUACGCAGAUUCGAGAUGUUGAUGGCCCUCUCCGUCUAGGACAUGAGUCUUCUGACUGUCUGAGUCAAGUAGUCCGCCAGUUCUCAUCGGGUGGGAUUUUUACUCAUUUCGGGCCUACCCAGAGCCUCAAACCACCCCACCCCCUCCCCCCAUCAGUUCACGGGUUUUACUGUCAUCUACAGGCAUUUAAGGUCGGUGUGUAUUUGGUCUAAACAAAAGUUUUGAUCCCCAAGCAGAGACAGUAGUGUGAUUUUCGUGGCUCUGCUCAUAUGCUUAGAACAUCAACUCGGUAGUUCACGCAGUGCCCUACUGGUUUUUCAGUAAAUAAAUCCGUAACUCAUUUUGACCCACCUGUGAAAAACUUGUCGCCUCGGUGGAAUUCGAACCCACGAUAACAGGGGCAGGCUUUAGUGCAGCCAACCCCCUAGCCACCUGAGUCUCCUAAAACUGCCGUAGCCUUCCAAAGUAGAAUGUUUGUCGAGGCCAACUAUGUGUUUUAUUACUUUCUCAUCAGUGCUACAAAGUCCUUUACAUUUCUUAUAAAUGCUUUACAAGAAUUUUAUACAGUAAGACCAUCCUUGUCACUUCUUAAAGAAGUUGCUGUUUGCAUUGUAGCACUUUUUCAAAAAGCUAUGCGCUGAGGUACUUCGCUAUACUAGUGUCUAACUGCGUUACCUAAGUACCUUUCGGCUCCUUGCUACAGCGUUCUUUCAAAGUGCAGCACACCCCUCUUGCAAUCCGGAAUAAUUUGAAUUUCAUUGUAUCAAACAUUUAGAACAGCUGGUGGUACUACUAGGCAUGCGAACAUCCGGAACUUUUUAACGCUCUUUACGAGAUCCUAAACAUUAAUUUUCAUAGAGGUGUGUUUCCCUGCAGCACGACCCCAAGAAACCAGUCUUUUAUGCAUUAAGCUCCCCCAAUAGGCGGGGGGGGGGGGUUAGCAUGAGUCAAUGUGUGACUGUCCCCUACAGGUCAACACUUCGACACUACGGCCUCGCCGACCAGACGCUUCCAUGACAUCUUUAGCACAUUUGCUAUGUUACUGCCCAUUUUUCACUACUGUUAUAGAAGAUCAUUCAAGGCCUAGUGUCCCUGCUGUGUAGGAUAUUUUUAUUUUUUCCUUCUUAUUGUGCUCCCACCUUUUUUAGCCUGGCGGUCUCCGUAAAGAUGAACAUUCUCCUCUCUGCCCCAGCAUUCCUUUUUGUACUGCUUCUACAUCGAGGACUGUACGAGACGUUGGGACAUCUGGCUGAAUGCGGAAUCGUCCAGGUGUGCCACUGUUUUGCGGAUCGAAGUGCGAUUGUUAAAUCCUCCCCCCCCCCCUUAAUGGCAGUCACUCUUUACGAGUUUGCGAGAGUAAGGAGGUGGAGUUUUCAAGGAAACCCUCCUAUGCAAUCUGGGGAGUGGAAGUUUUUCUCAGGACUAACAACUUCUUAUCAUGAUGUUGCCUUGCCGAAUAGUGGUGUAGUAGCUGUCACGAACGUUUUUUGACCAAGUAUAAAGUAGUUUCGAAAGCGAGCCAUCGACUAAAUUUUCCUGAUGAGGGCUGACUUCCAGUCCCAUGUCCUUUUUCAGUAAACUGUUCGAGUUGAAAGGCACUGCCUUUCGCCUCGUAAUUCUGCAUAGUCAGGUAUCUGCUUUGUCUUCGAGCAACUGGGCGCUGUGUCAAGUUAUUCGUUGACAGAACCCAUGUAUUUCCGUGUUCUCACCGUGUUGAAACCAUCCACUUUUGUGGAGGCACUAACUUUAUCCCCAUUACGCUCUAUCCAGCUUCUCCUGGGUUCAAUCUUCCUCUUCCGCAACACAGAGGCCUAUCUAGGGGCCGCUUUCGAAUUCAGCCGCCAGUUCAUGUACAAAUGGACGGUAAACUGGAAAAUCCUACCUGAAAGCGUCUUCCUGGACCGACGUUUCCAUGUCACCUUGCUUGCCAUCCACAUUCUCCUUCUCGUCUUCUUCCUUGCUCGUUUUAUCAGGUUUGUUUUUUUCCUGCCUCGUGUCAUUUGUCGAAGAUGGUCUUUACGCUUUCCACACUCAUAAAUGGGUGAACAAUCUGCGCAAUCUCUUGUUCACCCAGAAGUGGCUUGCAUACCAGCCCGCGGCUUGCAGGCAGAGCUUGAGACUUGAUAACUGUCAAACUUUACUUACAAGUUGGCACGCACGAUCCACCGACUUGGUCUCCUACCCCUAAAUCAUCUUCAUGCUUUAAUAGUGAACUUGAUUUAUCAGUUAUACGGAAUAGUCACAUCGAGUGAUCGGUAGUUACGCCUAAUACCAACCCACACGAGGUGAUCAUAACACUCUAACCCCUCCCAUCGCCUCGCUUUCAUCUGUAACUCCCAAGGGGCUACACCACAGCGACCGCAGCCGUCGCGUCCACUCCUAAGUCGCUUCGACUGGGAAGCGAAAAGGAGGGCGGGAGAGUUGAUGCAUAUGUGAAGUUUGAUUUACUCAGCGGGUAAAAAAACACUCACGUUUCAGCAUAUGUGACGGGGGAUUUGUGCCAGGUUAGAUGUUGUGCUCAAGCCCGGCCCAUUUGUCUUGCUCUGAUUUUAUUUCAGUAUGUUUAAGGGUAGUGGACAGUGUAUUUGAAGACCCUAUUGAAAAUGGUGCAGACAACAUUAAAGUUCAAAGAAACAUGUUACUCAAAUAUUGGCAGUAACUGUUAUUUCAGCGCUAGGAGUCUGUGUAGGGGGUAGGGACGUCGAUACUACUCACAUCAGUUGACACAAGUGGCUACUGCCCCGCCUCUCCAGACAGCGGGCGUCAUUGUCGUAUUCACUAGAUGAUCUUUCGGGACUUCCUUAUCAGGGAUCCCAUGAGGAUGAUGGGAGCUCUGUAGAUUGGGUUUCGUAGCCUGUUUUUGGUGUGUGCCACAUAGUAUGUAGGGGAAUUUAAGAAGACACCACCAGAGAAAAUGCAUUCAAUUUUCAUUAUGACUGAUCGUGGGUGAGUGCCCAUUCGCAGAUACCUCCUGGUAACUGCAGGACUUUUGAAAUUUCUCCAUGUCUCGUGUCUGCGAAUUAUACAUGCCGAAAAUUCCGAUUUUAAUUUUAAUUGCGCAUAAUGAGUAUGGGAUCUCUGUAACCACUAUAAGGUGAAAUCAGCCUACUGUUCUAGUAACCUGUUGGUUAACUAAUGCUUUUUGUCUUCCGUUGUGUAAUCUAACGAUUCGAAGAACACACAUGUUCCUUUUCCCCUCCCACCUGAAACGUGCGCACACUUUCGCUAUAUGACAAAUACAUUUCCCCGUUCCUAUAUAACUGUACUGGCCCGACGAGAAUUUAUCGAAAGCUACGUAUGCUCGCCACCUCGUCUUCUGAUUACUGCUAUGGGAAUUUUCGCAACUCCAAAAUACAUUUCCGUUCCUAGGUCGCGUGGAGGCCUGAUGCGAUUCUUAGCCCUGAUGCCUCCAGGCAAGCGGAAGGAGAAGCUCAAUCCAGAAGGUAAUGCUUCGCUCAUCACCUGUCUCUUGCAUCUUUUAUGACGUUUAUUUUCUGCAAUCUGCUCGUAGGCCUGGGUUCCAACACGGUUGCCGACUAGCGCUAACAGGUAUCUCUUGGACCGUCAGCGACUUCCUUUGGACUACAUUGCCAUAGCGUUACCCCCGAUUAAAUGUGGACUUUGUAUACCUUUCUACAUAAGUUGGCGCAGUAGCUGGGUGUCCGUACCUUAUAACAAUGCGCACAACCGCCUGGAAGACGGCAGCGGUAACACGGAUUAAAGUUAGGGCAGGGCGUCGCCCCGAAAGUGGGUCGUAAUACUGGUUGUGUGAUACGGACUCGGUCAUAUAAUGUCCGAUUGAUGCAGCUGUUGCUGUACUGACAGGGCUGUCGUUUGCUAGACGACGACUGCUUCGGACCGACGUCGGCUUUAGAAACAGGAGGCAGGCUAGCCAGCACUUUCCACAUUAACAUGCCCCCCUCCCUCUGUGGGCGACGUCAGGUCAUGAAGGUGGGAGACGGUUUGUAUGUAGGUGGUGGUGGUGGUGGUGGUGGCUGCCGCUACCGCUGAGCGCCCUUGGGGACUGAGGGUGACUGGCAGGCAGCAUCGGCCACCCAACCACAGCCACUGCUGUUGAACUGGUGGCACGAAGUGUAGUGCAGAACAUAACGAGAGUACUGGACGGCGGAAAUGGUGGGUAAUUGACUUUCGAUGGAAUUGUGCCCUCAGUGACUUGAUGCUGUAACUGGACGUUAGGGCUGUCAUUAGGGCCGUUAGUUUGAGGAGUACAAUACAACUAAUGAGGAGGAAAUUAGUAUUGCCGCUAUUAGAGAACACCAACAAAGCUCGGUCCAAGCGAACGUAGGCUAGAAAACGAGUGAUGAGAUCACUGUCGGCUGACAUUGGGAACACUCGAAAUCGCCAAUCCAGCUUAUUAGUAGUAGGAGGAGAUACGGGCCUUGUAUUUUGCCUAGAAACUUCGAUAUAGAGCCCCUCUUAGUCGGUCGUGUGCCGACCAAUCUAAAAUCUCUGAAUCCCGGAGUUUGGACAUCAUUGGCUGACGACGGCAAAUAGGUGCGAAACGACCAUCCUAGUAUUUGCGAUAGUCCACGAUUACUGAUUAUCCCGCUUUCAUCUGCGACAACCCCAGCUCUGAGUUUCUAGGGCAAAGUUGGGCGUCCGUGCUCCGUCUCCCAGUGAGACCUAAGCAAUUCAUGCUACUCCCACAUGACGUCCUUAUUCGUUCUCUGACCUUUCUCUCGAAAAGUUUAGAAUUAGAAACUGCUCUGUGACGACUGAUCACCUGCCAUAGACCACAAGGUUUGAAUUUAUCGCGAUUUUGGAGUACCGGCUUGAAGGUUUGUUUUCCAGCCGUAGAACCAACUCAUUGGGUAUGCUGACACAAACCGUGCACAAAAAGUCCACCAUAUUAUUUUUUUUCCGGGGAACCUUUGUCUUGCAGUUAUAUGAUUAUAACGGACAAGUCGAAUUCGUCCUAUUUUGGUUUGAAGAUUUUUGACACUGCUCCAACUCGCCCUUUUAUCAUUUCACAAUCUUGUCCGUUUUCUUCCAUCUCCUGGCAAUGAAUAAUCGAGUUCGUUCAAUAUACACGCAAUGGGCAUGCUUGGUUUUUUUGCCGAUGGUAAAAAUCGCUACAACCUGAGAGAUUUGCCAGGAGACCCAUUGUCUCUGUCAUACUGUUAACCACUGCAGUCACCCCCGCUCUCGAAAAGGUAGCCGUUCGACCCACUCUGAUCCUUCCUCAGCCGUGCUCCCCUUCGGUGGCCCCAAGCGUUUAACGAGUCUCUAACUUCUUUAUGCCAGCUAAAGUGAGCCGCAGCAACAAUGUGCUUGCUUCGUCGACAACUCCCACAUCGAGCGUGCGGUUGACUAGUGGUGACGCUGGUGCUUGUGGAUUUGUCGAUUGUUUUGCUGUGACCGGUGUCUCCUGGCAACGAUGUUUCAUCGGAUUCGCAUUUAGUAGUUAGUCUGUUACAGGGAACCUCAUGGCUCAUGCACUGGCAGAGCCACUCCAUCACGGAUUCUUCUUCUUCAACUGUUUGCUUCGCCAGUUCCAAUUAGUUAUGCUUUCCACCUGGUGUGCUUUUGCUUGCGUGUUUUCCAUGUCAGUAAAUUCCUCUGCAUUCCUUUUGCUCUAGAUGUUAUCUACCCAAUCUUCGUUGCUAACUUCGUCGGCAUAGCCUUCAGCCGCUCCUUGCAUUACCAGUUCUACGUCUGGUACUACCACACCAUCCCCUACCUUCUCUGGUCCGUACCCGCCUUCUCCAACCCGGUGCGGUAAGUUUGAUUCUUACCUCCCGAAGACGUUAAUUCAACUGACAUGUUAGCCCUAAAAUCGCCCUCUAGAAAUACCCUCUCGAUGAGUACUGAACUCGGCAUCGUGAGGUCCUUUUCCAGCCGAGGUACAGUGGAUGGCGUAACUCGUGGGAUAUUAACUCGAAUUUUGAAAAUUUGAUCUGACCUAGGAAGAUUUACUGAAGUUACCAGGCAGCAUAAUCCAAAGAUAGCUAAGUCACCUUCAGGAUGUCGGCUUUUAACUCAGUGUCUUUCCGGUUGCCUGCAGCAAUCGCGCACUAAAAAUGGCUGCUCGAGUUGCGCGCAUUCUUAUUGCCUUUUUAGAGCCAAUUAUAUUUUAUGGAGAGCAUGCAAAAAAUGUCCCUAUACUCAUUUUAUAGCAAAGGACGUAUUUUGCAAAUUUUGCUCGAAAAAUUGUGGCUUUCGGAUUAAAAGGUCGUUUUGUUCUCCAAUACUUUUCAGCCUGACCUGUCAUACCUGCGUCUAGGGUUUCCAAAUUACGAGCCUACACUUUCUGCUUUAGGAAAGGCACAAAUUCCUCUCUUAUGUUAGGAGGAUACUGUAUGCGGCUUAUAGCAUUUUACAAUGCAUGUGAACCACGUUGCGUACUUCAUGAGGAGCAAUGAUAAACGGACAGAUACAAUGCCCCAUUUGAAUGGACAUCUCAAGGUCCUGAAUGAUUUCGUAACUACAAACUUUUUUCGCUCAGGCCUUUUCUCUGCGAAUGAGGGGGCGUGAACACCUAACAGGACUAAUUGACUUUAAUUUGGAAAAUGAAUACCGACUUCUCGAUAAACACUACAGUAUGUUAUUAUUGACAAAGACAAGGGAGACUGGAAUGGCCAUUUCUGGCUUAUUAGCCGUCGUCAGCCAGUCAUAUCCAACCCCGAAGUGUGGAACACCCGAGGCUCGAACUUCUUUUUUUUAAAGGACUGUUGGUGCAGAGCUACGCUGAAAACGCACAUGCAGCGGAGCUUGACACGAGGACAGGGUCAUGCCAAUACACAAUUCUGACGGACGUGCCUUCGGGCUCAUUUUUCUUUCCGUCCCUUAGUCUUUCCGUUAAAGUCAGAAAUCAGCUGAGAAUGUGGUUAUUUUAGUGGAAAUCCGUGAUUGGGCUCGCGUUUCUAAUAGUCCUUUUGUGGAGGACUUUUCUGCCCUGUGGUCGAAAGUCAAGAUAUAUUUUGAACGUAGAAGGCUCCGUGUUUGAAUAGCCACCUGUGGAUGUGUCGCGCGCAUUUUUUAUCACAUGUAGCCGCUAAAUUAUUGGCUAUUUUGCUACCCUGGAUACACGAUUAACCGGUCAAAACUCGUAGUAACUAGGACUAAUGAUUUUCUCACAAACGUCGAAGCCAUUUCACUUCUCAUCUUUUCCUACCGAAUGCUGCCUGGUUGACAACCCCCCUGCAGCAAGCCGUGUUCCUAUGCGGCGUCUUUUCGAUUCGACAGUUCAAACGUCGCUACCGAUGAUGUCCACCGUAUGCCUCAUUAGCAGGGUGAGAGCAGGGACGAUGACUUGCGCGUGAGUUUGUUUACAGUGAUUGUAGACUUGAGCUGCACCUACCGCAUUCUCUCCUCCCCUGCCACCUCCAUCCGGUGUCAAGGAGACCGGCAGACAAUUGGCACAGCUUAAACCCGCACUAAAGUGUGCCACCACGACACCCCUGGUCCAUUGAACAGGAGUUUACACAAAUAAAACAAGGAGCCGACACGAAUCCCAAUUGGCGCGGCAUGAACCCGCAAUCGGGCCCGUCACUGCACCCCCGAAGUGUUGGCAUAUAUUAUACAAUAGGUGGGCUAACUCAUGAAAUGUCAACCGAAAUUCCCCUAUGCGUUUUCAUUUCGAAAAGAUUAAUUAAGUAGGGUUGCAAAACGAAUCAUUAUGCAGCGUAACUUUAUAAUAACUUGGUUGCCUCAGGAUGUCGGCUUUUAAAAGAACUACUUUUCACUCACAUGCAAAACUAUACUCUGUAGCAAAUGACUACUUAAGUAGCAUGCAUUUUUCCCAUCCAUUUUAGAUGCCCUUAAAAAAUCAGUCAUAUUUUAUGGGGAACGUGCAUGAAAGAAUUCAUUCUUGUACUCAUUCCGUAGAAAAUGACGUCUUCCAAUCAUUGUAGAGAAAUGUAUGGUUUUCUGCACUCGGAGAAUACACGGCUUGUAGUUUGAAAACCCUGAAUGCAGGUGUAACGGCAGGUCGGAGUUAAAGAUUAUUCGGGAAUUUGAAAAGUUUGUAAAAACCUAAAGAUAUCCUUAUUUCGAGUAUAAAAUUAAAAGAAGACGAAAGUAUCUACCGAAUGAGUAGGAGAAUGAUUAUUUUUAUGCAUGUUUUCCAGAAAAUAUAAUUGAAUUUUUAAGGGCGUUUUUUUACAGAGUAUAGUUUUUGCAUGCAGCCGGAAAGAAGUUCAUUCGAAAGCUGGCAUCCUGAGGUAACUGAAUUAUUAUGGAAGUACGUUGCACAAUUAUUAGUUUUUCAACCCUACUUAAUUAAUCUGUUCGAAACCAAAACGCAUUUCGGAAUUUCGGUCGACAUUUCAUGAGUUAGCCCGCCUACUGUAGGUGCGCAUUCCCGAUAACGCCUGCCGGACCCCGUCUAGCCUCCGUGUUGGUCCAGCGCAUCUACCGUGUGGCCCGCUUCAAGGGCACACUUCGGUUCACGCUCUACACAACGAACUUUGUUGAAAAUCUGCAUUUCAUGCGGCAAUUUUUCAAGACACGCUCACUACCUUUCUUUUGUUUUUGACAAUGGAAUGGUUCCAAAUAUCCUGGGCAGAAGAGGGGUUUUGUACGCUCUGAAACAGAUUUCCAGUUCAAAAUUGUCCAGUCCGCCGCCCCACUCCCACCCCUCUUCUACAAUAGAGCUCCGUUUGGAGACGCGGUUAUGACUCACCUCGUGCACGUAAUCAUCUCCGCCUAUCACUCUGAUGGAUUUUAUGCAAUUGAAACCCCCCCUCAUGUUACUGUCCCCUUUAGCCUUCUUCUGUUCGGACUGAUCGAGGUGUCCUGGAACGUCUACCCCUCCACCGCAUGGAGCAGUGCAAAUCUGCAUGCCUGCCACCUCAUCCUUCUGGUGGGACUGGCGAUGAGCGCGCUCCCCGCCUGCAACACGCCAUCGACGAAAAAGAGCACAGGAUCGAGUACCAGCGCGCCAAAGAAACUUAAGAAAAGCUGA